AUCACACUCGACUGUGAUUACUAGAUAUUGUUUUUAUUCUUUCACUUCGUUGAGGCUGGCGCGUAAGCUAUCCAUUUGUUUAUCAGAUACCAAUCCUUAAAAUACAUAGAAGAAGAUAGUAACUUGGCGAUGUCGAUCGAUUCAUAGCUCAUUAUGGCGGAAGGAAGCGUUUUGAUGCACGAAGAAAAGCAACACGAAAACGUGCCUGCGUAUGAAUUCGUUAACGUAAACUCGAACGAGUUUCAUAUCGGCACAUUCAGAGAUUUAUGGCUGGAUGUGUUAAAUCCAGAGGUGUAUUCAUACGGUGACACGGCCCCAGAGAUCGAGGAUGUGGAGUUCAUUGAAGAGAUGGGCAUUGACCCAAAGACACUGGAGGAACUCAAAAACAUCUGCAGUGUUGAUUCUCUGAAAAGUGGACAUGAAGACCCAGACAGUUUGCCAUCAGAUCCUCAUCUAGCCACACUGAAACUACGCAAGAGAAGACAAGAUUAUAAAGAAACUCUGACCAGAGACACUCUUGACAGACAUGAGAUCUAUGCCAAUGAAAUGGAGAUGAUAUCUGUGGGUAAGAAGCCUGAAAACCCCAGAGACCUGAUCCCUGAGGGGGAAAUCGUCUUGACCUUCAAUAUCAUGUACCCCGUUCUGUUUCAGCGCUUUAAGCGUGUGAGGGCGUUUCAGACCGUGCAUGUGUUGGGCUCUCAGAGGCUGACUGAUCUCAGAGAUGCCAUCUGCUGCGUCAGUGACCUGCAGGUGUUUGGAGAGUUCAGCAACACCCCAGACAUGGUGCCUCAGUUCAUCAGCAAGGAUCAUUACAAGUCUGCUUUCUUCUUCUUCAACGGAACGUUCUUUAAUGACACACGCUUCCCAGAAUGCCAAGACAUCAGCGUGACCACACAGGAAUGGGCCCGGACCAGAGACUUCCCACACUUCCAGACAGCUAAGAUGGAGGACACGUCUUUCUAUGACCUGAAGAUGAAGGUUGGGUUUCCGUAUUUCUACACUCACCAGGGCGAUUGUGAGCAUGUUGUAAUCCUCACUGACAUCAGACUGGUCCAUCAGGACGACUGUUUAGACAUGAAGCUCUACCCGCUCAUCACUCACAAGCACAGGGUCGUGACCCGGAAGUGUUCUGUGUGUCAUCUCUACAUCAGCAGGUGGAUAACAACCAGUGAUGCUCUGGCCCCGACGGACCCCUGCCUGUUCUGUGACCAGUGCUUCCGGAUGUUUCACUAUGACGAUAAAGGGAACAAGCUAGGAGAUUUCCUGGCCUAUGCCUAUGUUGAUCCAGGCACAUUUAAUUGAUCCCAAAGCGAAUGUAUCUUCUACUACACAGUAUUUUGACUAUACAGUAAUUAAGUGUUCUUUAAGUGGUUUAUAGCUAAUUAUAUUGUUUGUAAAUGUAUUGACAUUUUUUUUUCUAAAUAAAAUUUGGUUUCAAAAAGUA